AUGGAAGAUCACUUUGACAGAUUGAUGGUUCUAUACAAUAACAUGUUGUUUAGAAAACUGAGUACUACAAUGCAGCACAUUUCUCAUAAAAAUUCAGUUUUUGAUACAGCCCCAGCUUAGCAUGAAAUUGAAAAUGAAGAUUUUAGCGAAGAUCAUACCUAGAAUUGCACAGCAGAAUUCCUGUCCACCUAAAAUAGUGAGAUGUCACCACUUGAAAAGAUGCAGUAGUGUCUCUAAGUCAUUUUAUUAGAUCAGAUUAGCCGCACUAACCAAAGAUUAAUUAUCUAAUCACUCUACGACUACUCUUUAAAAUUAGAUAACCUAUCCUCUAGCAAAAAGGGUUCAACAAGGGUAUCUCCUAAUAAGCAAAAGUAUUACACUGAUGAGGACUAUGAGGAAGAGAUAUUCAAUUUAAAUGAUAAACUCAGGCAUAUGGAAUCAGUAAAUGACAUCUUAAAGAACUACACUACACAAGUUGAUAAAGAAAAGAAGGAGCUUAUGAAAUCGUUGGAUAAAAUUAAGCAUGAAUUCGAUAAGAUUGUGUACAAAGCUCAAGAACAAGAUAUGAUGGUAAAGUCUUUAUCUCAAAGCAAGUUUGAUCUAGAAAAUGAAAACAAAUAGCUACAAAUGAAGAUAUUGGAUCUUGAAUGUGAAAUUGCAAUAUUUUAAACACUUGCUGAUGAGUCCUAUAAAGAUUCAUAGGAUUUUUCCAGAAAUACAGCUACAUCUGAUGUGAGUGAUUCUAGAUUGCUGAAAUCUGAUAGUUUAUUAUUGCCUAAAUCGUCAUCAAGUGCAGAUCCACUCACUUUAGACUCUACUCAAGCCCCUUUAACCACUUAAAAUUCCAAUUCAGCAAAGAAACAGAGCACUCUCAGAAAGUUCCUUUCUAAUAUUAAUAUGGAUUUCGAGUCCCCAGAGAAAGAUGACAAAGAAAAAAUGCUUGAGUCACAAAUAUAAAACCUUCUCAACAAGUUCCAAUAAAAUGCCAUAGAACAUGCUGAGCUUUCAACCCUCAUUGAGUUGAAAGACAAGGAACACAGAAAGGAUAAUUAGAGAAAGAAUAAAGAGUUGAGAGCCAUAAGGGAAAAGAUCUAGUUACAAGAAGUGCAACUUGAUCAUAAAGAUCAAAUUAUUGAAGGAUAGAAAUCCAAAAUCUAAAUGUAUUAAGAGGAUAUGAAAGAAAUAACCCAGCAUAUGUAGCUCCUGGAAAUGAGAGUCAUGUCUUUAAAAGACAUUAGAAUGGAAACUGAAUAUGCUAAUCGAAUGAGUAUCUAAAGGAGUUCUAACGCCUCUUUCAAUCAGCAGAAUAGUUUGAAAUUCUCUCUUGCAAAUAUGUCUAAUAAGCCUUCAUUGGCAGCUUUUAAUGACAAUUCUAGAAAGAACAGUGUUUUCUCUUCCUCAAGAUUCAGCGAUAAUCAGAGAUACUUAAGCAGCCACAAGAAAAACAGCGUUUACGGCAAAUAAAGUUUAGGUUAAUUUGGAAUGAGAGGAAGUGAUUUGCAUUACAAGUAGGAUCCAUUCAUUUACCAGUUUGAUGAGAAUUAAGUCAAAGAAGAGGAAAACGACGAUGAAGAGGUGCAAUCUAUUGAAGUUAAAGGAAGAGUGAGUGUAGAAGACACCAAUAGAAGAAGCAGAAAAAUUGAAAUGGAUCCAGAGUAGCUUAAGCAACUGCAAGAUAUUUAGAAACUUGGCACAAUUGCAGAAGAUGAAAGUGAACAAGCAUUCUAGUAAAAUCAAGCAUUAGAAGAGGAAGAAAAUCAAUAGGUAUCUCACUAGAAUGUAGAAAUUACAGCAGAUAUUCAAAGCGUCAUUACUCAAAAUGAAGGAGCUAAUGAUGCAUUAUAGUAGUUAAUAGCAGAGAAUGGUGAGCAAAACAAUUCCAAUCUUAUUUACUCUGACUUAGUUAGGUAUCAUUAGAUUGAGUAAUCUGCAGGCCAGCAUACAGAUUGCAUUCUUGUUAUCACAUCUUAGUAUCUAUACCUUUUAAAUAAAGCAAACAAUGAGCACAUUUUCAAACCAAUAAAUAUUACUAAUGUAGAGGAGAUCAUUAUAUCAACAACAUAAAAGUAGGGCCUUGCUUUUAGAAUAAAUGACUUAAGUCUUGUUGGAGUAUCUCACAUACUGCUAGAAUUAACAAGCGGAAUGAUAUCAGGCUUGAUUGAUUUUAUCAAUAAGCUCAACGGUUUGAUCAACACUUGCAUCAUUAUUAGCUUCAGUGACUCAGUAGAAGUCACUAAAUAAGAUGGUGAUGUGAAAUUCUUUGAGUUCAAUGAGAUGAUGAGCUAGAUUUAAAGUUUAAUUGUAAACUAGACUGCUAGGACUACUAAAGAUUUAAUGCAGAAUUCCCUAAUGAGUGGUUACCUGUAUAAGAAAUCAAGAAGCUGGACAGAUUUCCUAACACUCUGGGGUCCAUCUUGGAAGAAGAAGUUUGUCAUACUCACAAAUGUAGGAUUGGUGCUGUUUGAAGAAAAUCAGCUUAGAAAGCCAUCUCAGUUUAUCUGCUUGAUAUCGUUGGAAUUGAUUGGAAAAGUAGGAUACUAUGAAAAUAGGAGAGAUUUUGUGUUCAAGUUGGUUGACUCAAGUGAUCAGAGUGAAAUAGUGAUGUCAGCUGAAAACAAAAAGGAGUUUGCGAAAUGGAUAGAAGCCAUAAGAGAUGUCAAGGACUAGCAGAAGAUUAGAGAGAAAAAAGGAAUAGCAGUUCAAUGA